AUGGACCGACUGGAGAGAAGACGUUCAGCUACCCAGGACCAAAUGAACGUUAUCAUCAACCGGAUCAACGGGAUGGAUGACACCACUGCCCGACCAGAGGACCUGGAAGCUGAGAUGGACAGUCUGCAAGAGACUUGGAGUGAGUACCGGGACUUCCACAAUCAAUCCCUCGAUCUCUGCGAGGACGACGAGGCAGCCAGGGAUGUCAUCGAAGAGGCAAAUGAUUUGGAAGGAAUGUACAACCGAGCGAAAGCAGCUGUUCGGGAAUUCGCUAACAGAAUUCGGCAACGGCCGACGCAAUCACCGAUGGAGGAUAUUCUAAACCCAGCUCCAGAGCUACAUCUACCCAAAGGAAUCCUACCAACGUUUUUGGGCGAUUAUGGAGAAUGGAGCUCUUUCUACGACCUGUUUGUGAGCUCAGUGCACAAUAACCACCGAUUGACGAAGGCCCAGAAGUUGUUCUACCUCAAGACAUACACCACGGGACGAGCCGCAGCAGUUUUGAAGCAUCUGAAGGUGAAGGAUAAUGCACACGAAGGUGCAUUAGAAGCGCUGAGGAAACGAUUUGACCGAAAGGACUAG